CGGUCCAGACAAGUUACUGCACUGACGUAAACACAACUUGUCUUCCGGGUGUAUUCUUUCUCGUCGGUCAGUGAGCGUUCUUAACUAGGUUAUUUUCGCUGUUGUUUAACAUUUUUCAGCAAUAAUGAAUCGUAUAUUUGGCAGCGGGAAGCCUAAAGCCCCCCCUCCCAACCUGACGGACUGCAUCGGCACUGUCGAUUCUCGGUCAGAGUCCAUUGAGAAGAAGGUGGCCCGACUAGAUGCUGAGCUGGUGAAGUACAAGGACCAGAUGAAGAAGAUGAGGGACGGGCCCUCAAAGAACAUGGUGAAACAGAAGGCCAUGAGAGUUUUAAAGCAGAAGAGAAUGUACGAGGGCCAGAGAGACCAGCUCAUGCAGCAGUCGUUUAACAUGGAGCAGGCCAACUACACCAUUCAGUCCCUCAAAGACACCAAGACAACCGUGGACGCCAUGAAGGUUGGAGCCAAGGAGAUGAAGAAGGCCUACAAGAACAUAAAGAUUGACAAGAUCGAGGACCUCCAAGACCAGCUGGAGGACAUGAUGGAGGACGCCAACGACGUGCAGGAGGCCAUGAGCCGCAGCUACGGCACGCCCGACAUCGACGAGGACGACCUGGAAGCAGAACUGGACGCACUGGGAGAUGAGAUGAUGUUUGACGAGGACAGCUCCUACUUGGACGAUGCCUCCACCGCCCCCUCCAUCCCAGAAGGUCUGCCUGGGGACAAGUCCACCAGCCGGGACGGUGUGCUGGUGGAUGAGUUCGGCCUCCCCCAGAUCCCAGCCACAUAGGCCGGCCUGCUGGGAUUUUACAUGUACCAAAGCCUUGUAUUUAACACUCCUGUCUUUCACCGCCAGCUCACAGGCGCCUUAAUGCUAAUCUUAAUUUAGCAUGCAAUAUAUUAUAUCGAGAAAUAAUUUAGUAAUAAUGUGAUUGUCUUUCUGAAGAACCAAUAUUCUGGCUAAAGUGAUUCUUGGAAGAAAAAAACGCCUUCUGUAAACUUUCUACUGCAAUCCAAUAAAUUAUAUUUUCGGACAACCCAA